GGCUCUCAUCCUGCCUCCUCCCAUCCUGUUCUCUUCUCCAGGCUUAACAUGCCUGGCUCUUUCAGCCGCUCCUCAUGGUUUGGAGUACAAGAGUCUCGCGCUCCUGCCCUCCCUCUUUCUCUUUCCUCCCUCCCUGCUGACAAGAGGGCCACAAGCAAAGCCUGUUGGGAAAUGGGAAUGCGGGGCUCCAGGGACUGACCCCCGUUGGGCCCCAAAGCAAAGGAAGAAAUCCCAGCCCGGCGACUCUGACGAGGCCUCCAAGUGGGUUCCCUUCAUUCCUCCGGCUGUGUCUUGCCGUCUCAGAAUCAAAGCUGCUUUUCCCCACCAUGUUCUCCCAAGAAAUAAGGAUUCUGUGGAUCCGGCUCUGGCGUGAAGGGAAACAAACCAGCAUCAAGUGGGCAUUGAGGAAUUUGGAAACAAAAAGAACAGUCAAGAAAAGAGUCCCGUAGGAAGAAGAAUCCUCCCAAGGUCCUGAUUGUGACGAAUGACCCAACUCCCUUUGGAUCAGAAAGGAAAACAGAAGGCCCAAACAUCCAUAUAUGUCCCUGUGAAUAUGGAGAAGCCCUAUGGAUGCCUGGCGUGUGGAAAGAGCUUCACUCGGAGGGAUUACCUACAGUUACAUGUAAGGACCCACACUGGGGAGAAGCCCUACACGUGCCAGGAGUGCGGAAAGAGCUUUGCGCAGAGAGGAAGUCUACACAAACAUCAAAGAACUCACACUGGGGAGAAACCCUAUACGUGCCUGGAGUGUGGAAAGAGUUUCUCGGAAACUUCGCACCUACAUUCUCAUUAUAGAACCCAUACUGGAGAGAAACCCUACACGUGCCAGGAGUGUGGGAAAGGCUUCGCUCAGAGUGGAGACCUACAUUCCCAUCAAAGGACUCACACUGGGGAGAAACCCUAUACGUGCCUGGAGUGUGGAAAGGGCUUCACUCGGAGCGGAGACUUCUAUAAACAUCAGAGGACACACACUGGGGAGAAGCCCUAUACGUGCUGGGAGUGUGGGAAGAGCUUCACCGAGAGUGGAAGUCUACGUUCACACCAAAGAUCUCAUGCUGGGGGAAAAGCCUGUGCGUGCACCGAGUGUGGAAAGAGCCUCUCUGAAAGUUCUCGUGAUAGAACCCACACUGAGGAGAAACCCUACGCGUGCCUGGAGUGUGGAAAGCGCUUCUCUCAGAGUGGAGAUCUACAGUCACACCAAAGGACUCACACCGGGGAGAAACCCUACGCGUGCCAGGAGUGUGGAAAGCGCUUCUCUCAGAGUGGAAGUCUCCACAGACACCAAAGGACUCACACUGGGGAAAAGCCCUGUAAAUGCACAGAAUGUGGAAAGAGCUUCUCCGAAAUCUCGCGUCUCUGUUCUCAUUAUAGAACUCACACUGGGGAGAAACCCUACACGUGCCAGGAGUGUGGAAAGAGCUUCACUCGGAGUGGAAACCUACAUUCACACCAAAGGACUCACACUGGGGAGAAAAACCCUAUACAUGCCUAGAGCGUGGAAAGAGCUUCACUCACCGUGGAAAUCUACAAGGGAGAGAGCCUUCUCCUCCGUGGCCCCCCAACUCUGGAACUCAUUGCCCAGAGAGAUGAGGAAUGCCUCUGUAAUGAACCCUUACCUUUUAGCAGCCAGGAUGGAGGGCCUAGAAAAGCCUGUAAGCUCCUCAUCAAAGGACUCACACUGGGGAGAAACCCUAUAAAUGCCUGGAGUGUGGAAAGCGCUUCCAGCCCUAAACGGUUUGGGACCCACCUACCUGCGUGACCGCAUUUCCGUAUACGAACCCACAUGAUCCCUUCGUUCAUCUGGAGAGGCCCUGCUCACGAUCCCACCAGCAUCGCAAGCGCGAUUGGUAGGGACGAGGGACAGGGCCUUCUCGGUGGUGGCCCCACGACUCUGGAACUCCCUCCCCAAGGACAUCAGGCAUUCCCCAACACUGGCAGUAUUCAGAAGGAGCUUGAAAACAUGGAUGUUCCAGUGUGCCUUCCCAGAUUAAGGAAUCCCAAGCAAUUGUCCCUAAUGCACUUUACGAGAGAGUUGGAAUUGUCUGCACACCCUUCUAUUCCCAAAAUAUCCAGUCUAUCUCACCUGGACAUGCCCAGCAUUUUUAGAAUUUUAACUCUUACAUUUGGCCCUGCCACAGGUUUUUAACAGUGUCGUGCUUUGUUACUGUUUUAUUGUUUGCUUAUGUAUUGUUGCAUUGUAUUACUGCCUGUUGUGUUUAUGUUAAUGAUGUACUUUGGGCUCGGCCUCUUGUAAGCCGCACCGAGUCCUGCGGGAGAUGGUAGAUGCGGGGUACAAAUAAAGGUUUAUUAUUAUUAUUA